UGAAAAACUGCAGAGUCAGAAUCAAGAGGUCACUAGAACAGACGACGCGACCAUGGUCACACGAAUGGUCGCAAACUAGAACGACCCUAAAGUCACUGGACCUCAGAGUCCCUCGACCCCGUAGACUCCCUACCACAAAUUCCCCGCUGAAAGCUCCCACACCCGAUCACGCAACGGUGCUCCUCCCUUUUCUUUUCUUUUUUUUUACUCCUCCCUUUUCUGACUGCCUCCAGGAGCUUGAGGCUCAGGCUGGCCCAUCUCGUCUCUUCAAGGUGCCCAGACCUUGCCCCACUUUCACCCCACUGAAGUCCAGUCCCAGGUGGAGCCGGGACCAGACGGAACGAAACCGACUCAGCGGUGCUUCCCUCACGGACCAGAUACCGUAACGCCUAGAACCCAAAGAUCCAGACAACUGUAAGGAGGAGGCGACUUUUCGCAGAAAAUAGAUUUGGGCCGAGACGGCCUCUGGGAAAUGUAGUCCGGGGCAGGAAAACUGCGGAUCUCUUCACAUUCUUCUCAGCACCAAGUGGCACUCCCAGGCUCCGAGGGCCGGACUCACUGGAGGCAGCUGCCGCAAAACUCUCAGCUGAGGCCCCUCGGCAGAUCUGAGAGCCCCUCAACGCAGCGGUUGCUUAUUCCCGCUACUCGUCAACUGGAGGGCCAGUCCCGCCCCGGCGAGCCGUGAGGGCCUCUGGGAAGAGUUAUCCUGCGUCUAACGGACCGAGGGUUGUGCUGCCUUCGGACACAGCCGGCACUGACCUUAAUGGAUUACCUAACUCGGGCUGCACCGGCUGUCCCACUUGGGCAGCGCUGAGGUGCGGAAUUGGGGCCUGUGUCUGCGGGCUCCGUGGUUCUUCAGGUACUGAGGAUUCAUUCAUUCAUCCACUCACCAUUUAUUGAAUGCUGCGUGUGACAGGAAUAAUUAUAGAUGCUUGGGAUAUAACAUUGAACAAAGGAGACAAACUCUCUGCUAUCAUGGUACUUACAUUGUUGUGGGCCAGAUAAUAAAUGAGCUCUGCCUUCUCAGGCGCAGUCCACUCCCAGAAAGAAAAGGAAAUGACUGAGUUGCAGGAAACAGUGACAUUCAAAGAUGUGGCUAUUGACUUCACUGAGGAAGAGUGGCAGCAGUUGGAUCCUGCUCAAAGGAACCUGUACUGGAAUGUGAUGCUAGAAAACUAUAACAACUUAAUCACUGUGGGAUGUCCAUUCACCAAACCUGAUGUGAUUUUCAAGUUGGAGCAAGAAGAACCAUGGGUGGUGGAGGAAGAAGUGUCAAAGAGACAUUGUCCAGGAGAAAUAUGGGGGAUGGAUGAGCAUCAGAAAAUCCAGGACAGACUUUUGACACAACUUGAAGAUAAAUUCACAAAAACACUGACUGAAGAAAAAGUGAAUGAAUGUCAUAAGAAAUUUGCAAAUGCAUUUUCUCCAAACUCAGACUUUUUUCCUUCCAGUCACAAUCUCUACAAAUAUGACUUAUUUGGAAAGUGUUUAGAACAUAAUAAUUUCAACUAUUAUAAUAAUGAGAGAAUCCUUGUAAGAAAAGAACAUUGUGAAUAUAAUGGACCUAUGAAAUCAUUUGGCAAUAGCUUAUCCCAUCUUGUAGUAACCCCCUUUAAGUGUAAUCAUUGUGGAAAAGGUUUUGAUCAAACUUUGGACCUCAUAAGACACCUGAGAAUUCAUACUGGAGAGAAACCCUAUGAAUGUAAAAAAUGUAGGAAAGCCUUCAGCCAAAAGGAAAAACUCAUUAAACAUCAUAAAAUCCACAGUAGGGAGCAGUCUUAUGAAUGUAAUGAAUGUGGAAAAGCUUUCAUUAAAAUGUCAAAUCUCAUUAGACAUCAAAGAAUCCAUACUGGAGAGAAACCCUAUGCAUGUAAGGAGUGUGGUAAAUCCUUCAGCCAGAAAUCAAAUCUCAUUGAUCAUGAAAAAAUUCAUACUGGAGAAAAACCUUAUGAAUGUAAUGAGUGUGGAAAAGCAUUCAGCCAGAAGCAAAGCCUCAUUGCACAUCAGAAAGUUCAUACUGGGGAGAAACCUUAUGCAUGUAAUGAAUGUGGUAAAGCCUUCCCUCGAAUAGCAUCUCUUGCUCUUCAUAUGAGAAGUCAUACAGGAGAGAAACCUUAUAAAUGCGAUAAAUGUGGAAAAGCCUUCUCUCAGUUUUCCAUGCUUAUUAUACAUGUGAGAAUUCAUACAGGUGAGAAACCUUAUGAAUGUAAUGAAUGUGGAAAAUCCUUCUCUCAAAGCUCAGCCCUUACUGUACAUAUGAGAAGUCAUACUGGUGAGAAACCUUAUGAAUGUAAGGAAUGUAGAAAAGCCUUCAGCCACAAAAAGAACUUCAUUACACACCAGAAGAUUCAUACUAGAGAGAAACCUUAUGAAUGUAAUGAAUGUGGGAAAGCUUUCAUUCAGAUGUCAAAUCUUGUUAGACACCAGAGAAUUCAUACUGGAGAAAAACCCUAUAUAUGUAAGGAAUGUGGCAAAGCCUUUAGCCAGAAAUCAAAUCUCAUUGCUCAUGAAAAAAUUCAUUCUGGAGAGAAACCCUAUGAAUGUAAUGAAUGUGGUAAAGCCUUCAGCCAAAAGCAAAACUUUAUUACACAUCAGAAAGUUCACACUGGAGAGAAACCUUAUGAUUGUAAUGAAUGUGGUAAAGCCUUCUCUCAAAUUGCUUCCCUUACUCUUCAUCUGAGAAGUCACACAGGGGAAAAGCCUUAUGAAUGUGAUAAAUGUGGGAAAGCUUUCUCUCAGUGCUCAUUGCUUAAUUUACAUAUGAGAAGUCAUACAGGUGAGAAACCAUAUGUAUGUAAUGAAUGUGGAAAAGCUUUCUCUCAAAGAACUUCCCUUAUUGUACAUAUGAGAGGUCAUACAGGUGAGAAACCUUAUGAAUGUAAUAAAUGUGGAAAAGCUUUCUCCCAAAGUUCCUCCCUUACUAUACAUAUACGAGGUCAUACAGGUGAGAAACCCUUUGACUGUAGUAAAUGUGGAAAAGCCUUUUCUCAAAUCUCAUCUCUUACACUUCAUAUGAGAAAACAUACAGGUGAGAAGCCUUAUCAUUGUAAUGAGUGUGGUAAGGCUUUCAGCCAAAAGUCACACCUUGUUAGACACCAGAGAAUUCAUACUCAUUAGGAAUAGAAACUAUGAAUCUUGUGAAUAUGGAAAAGCCUUUGGAAGGAAUUAGCACCUCCUUGCACAGUACAUUAUCGGAUCUAGAGCAGAAAACUGUGAAUGUGGGAAAGCCGUUUGAAGAAGUCACAUUUGUGACACAGUUCUUACCAAGGUGACAAAUUGUAUAAUGAGAAAGCUGAUUGUCAAAAAUCUUCAGCAGAUAUCUUAUCUAAUGAUAAUAUUUAUCCAGCAUUAUCUUUAAAACCUGAAAUAAGAUAUUUUCAUCAGCAUGCCAGCAUGAUACUUGAGCUCCUAGCCAAUCUCUUAACCAAGAAAAAGAAGAUUGGAGAAAAAAAAAAAAAACCUCUUAAAAUAA